AUGGACUUUAAGGCCCUGCCCAAGAUUGAGUUGCAUGCUCAUCUGAGUGGGAGUAUUAGUCGGCAAUGUCUUCAUGAGGUUUGGGUGCAGAAGAAAAAGAGAGGGGAGACGGAGCUCGAGGAUCCUUUGAUUGUGAUGCCUGAGGGUAAGUUUGAUUAUAAUCUCGACACAUUCUUUCCCCUCUUUUCCAAAUACAUCUACGGCCUCUGCAACGACCGGGACUCCCUAAUCUACACCACCAACUCCGUCCUCCAAGACUUCGCUUCGGACGGCGUAGUUUACCUCGAACUCCGCACAACCCCACGAGCAAUCCCCUCGCACAUGACAAAAGAAGACUACGUCUCCACAAUCCUCUCCUGCAUCUCCGCUUCAAACGCCACCUCCACCCUAAAAACAACCCUCAUCCUCUCCAUCGACCGCCGGAACGACCUCCCCACGGCCCAAGAAGCAAUAACCCUCGCAACAAAACACCGCUCCCACGGCAUCGUAGGCAUCGACCUCUGCGGCGACCCGACCUCCGGCACCGUCUCCCUCUUCGCGCCCGCCUUCGCAUCCGCUCGAUCCGCUGGCCUCAAAACCACCAUCCACUUCGCCGAGGCGCCUCAAACGACGACUCCAGACGAACUCUGGACCAUGUUGAGUUACCAACCGGACAGGAUUGGCCAUGUGAUUAACGUGCCCGAGGACGUGAAGAGCGAGAUUAGGAGGAGGAAGAUAGGUUUGGAAUUGUGUUUGAGUUGUAAUGUGCAUGCGAGGAUGAUUACGGGGUCGUUUGGGGAUCAUCAUUUUGGGGAGUGGUGGGAUGGGGGGAGGGGGGAGUGUGUUGUUGCUUUGAGUACGGAUGAUGUAGGUGUUUUUGGAAGCAGUCUCUCGAAUGAGUACUCGCUUAUUGCGCAGCAUUUUGGGUUGGGGAGGCAGGAGAUUUGUGAGCUUGCUAGAGGGGCAAUAGAUGUUAUUUUCGGUUGCGAGGAGGAGAAGGAGAGGUUGAGGGGGUUGAUGUGGAAGGAGUAG